AAUUUAUGCUGCAUAGUGACUAAUAGAAAAUUUAAGCAAUUAAUGUAGGGACUGUCAGUACCUGCUUUGUUGGUGACACUUGCCCGAAGGAACUGGUGCUAGACAUACUUCCUUCCUGCUAAAAAAAGGCAAAAUUCUUCAGCAUUUUCUUUGCAUUGCUGUUACAAUUUCCGAGACUGCUUUCAAUCAAUAUUCGGCAGCAAACUACCAGCUGCAGCAUGUUGCAGUUUUCUGUACCAGUCGGACUGCUGGCACUAUUAUGGCCAGGCUGGAUUUUGCACACUGCAUCUGGCUCAGACGACGCACAAGCCCAGAAAACAAAUUCAUCACAGUCGUCGCCAGCCGAUAAAAAAGCCUGCCUGAUUCCCGACUGCAAGGAAAUAGCCGCAAAGUUUCUCAGCCGAAUCGAUACGACUGUCAAUCCCUGCGACGAUUUCUACCAGUAUAGCUGCGGGAAAUGGAUCAAAGCAAAGAAUGACCAAGUGGGCGAGUUCCGAACAGUAGACGAGAGAAACAAAGGCGUGGUCAAAAAGCUUCUUAAGGGAGAUGUCAAACCUGCCGGACCAGCGUUUGAAGCCGAAAAGAAGAUGAAAAAUCUAUACAAGCAGUGCAUCAGCACAGAUGAGAUCGAAAAACUACGAGGUACUCCAAUUAUAAAGAUCCUGAGCGAAUUCAACGGCGGCUGGCCGAUGAUUACUCCAAACUGGGAUGCAUCCAAGUUUAACGUCUUUGGCGUGCUGGUUAAAAACCACUUUUUUGGCAACGAUCCUUUCUUUUCGGUCAGCGUUGGCGUGGAUGCGGAACAGCCAACAAUCAACCGCGUUGUGUUGGAUUCCAUGACACCAUUUGCCGACACCGACAUUCUCCUUGACCCUGUUAUGGCAGAAAAGUACACUAUGGAUUAUUUGGCAAGCAUUAACAAUGCCGCCAAGUUAUUAUUGCGCGACAAUAAGCAGCCGGAAAACACCGAAGUGCUGUCGCCCAAGAUCAUAGAUAUUGCGCGGCUCGAGGUGUUUUUGGGGAAGGAAAGGCUGACCGCGGUGGAGUUGAAAAAUGACUCCAUUACCUUGAACAAAUUCACCCUGAAGACCUUCAAGAACCACCAUAAAUUUAAGUCGACAAUCUUGCGCAACAUAACCGGAUAUCUGCAAGCCUACUUUGCCGUGGCCAACCAAACAACUGCCAUUACAGAUGACACUGUUGUCAUUGUACCGACACUGCGCUACUGGGACAAACUGGAUCAAAAGCUGGCCGAGUUAGAGAAACAGGGAGUGGAGGGCCGGCGCCGCAUGGCUAAUUACAUCGGUUUCAAACUCAUCUACAGUGUACUCAAGUAUCUGUCCAAAGAAUAUCGAGAUAUUGUCGAAAAUCCGUCUAGCAUCGAAGACAAAUGUAUGAGCAUCAUUAAAAGCACCAUGCCGCUGGCGCUGGGCACGCUCUAUGUUCGCGAUGUUGUACCGAAGGAUCUGAAGAAAAAGGCAACGUUAAUGGUCAACGAUAUUCAUGUCGGAUUUAAAGAACUUUUAGACGAAGCGAAGUGGAUGGACAAAACCACAUACGAAGGAGCUAUAAAGAAACUGGCGGCAAUUGAAGAGAUUGUCGCGUACCCGGAUAUCAUGCUUACAAAUACGUCAGCUAUUGAUUCGUAUUUUGCCACGAUGACGAUCCAGCCGACCUUCUUGCGCAGUAUCCUGCAGACGCAAAGAAACAAUCUCAUCCGCGACCUUCAGUCCAUCACACAGCCCCAUCUUCGUUAUGAUCCGCUGAAGGACACCGACGAUAUCACUAUCCCUGGCGCGUUCUACUCAACAGAUAAAAAUCAGCUGAUUCUCCUGGCAGGCAUUCUGGACAUUCCCUUCUUCAAGGCGGAGGCGCCGCAGUACCUGAAUUACGGCGGCAUCGGCUACAUUAUCGCGCACGAAAUAACGCACGGAUUCGAUACCACCGGCGCCAAUUACGACCCCAACGGCGCCCACCGUUUGUGGUGGACCAACACGACGUUCGACGAGUACAAGCGUCGUGCCAAGAGCAUCGCACAGCAAUACAACAAGUAUAGAAUGCCCACGGGAAAGGUCAACGGAGAGCUGACACUGACAGAAAAUAUUGCAGAUAAUGGCGGUCUCAGGGCCGCUAUUGCAGAUAAUGGCGGUCUCAGGGCCGCGCUUAAGGGAUACAGCCGCUAUUUGGCACGUCCCGAUACCAAAGAACUCCUGCCGCCGGGAUUGGAGGACUACACUCCCAUGCAACUGUUUUUCCUUUCUUCCGCGCAGGUAUGGUGCUUGAAAAUCGAUCCAGACAAGGAACGACUUUAUCUGCUGAUUGAUUACCAUUCACCCAAUAAGUGGCGCGUCAAUGGUCCCAUGUCCAACUUGCCGGAAUUUGCGCAGAGCUUCAACUGCUCGCUGGGAAGCAAAAUGAAUCCCAAGAUUAAGAAUCGUGUGUGGUAAUUCGGCUGGAUUUUCUCUGAAUGCUGAAAGUUGUGCUACAUUAUUAUCGUUACUGUAAGCAUUAAAUUGACAAAACGAACUGAAAGAAAAUUUGUCUUUUUCAACCCCGAGAAUUUCUUGAGUGAUGCUUCAUGCGUAUUGUUAAGGGAAUUAGUGAUAUUCAUGAUUUGUUAUUGGUUUUACUUCUUUGGUUUAAGUAGUUUAAUGUGAGCCCAAAAUAAUACGACACGAUG